UUUCUGCUAUUUUGAGUUGAAAUAUUAUUAAAUUUGGUAAAGAAAACACGGUGAUUUGGGGGAAAAUGCGAUUUUCCUCGCCUUUGCCAGCCUUGUGGCUGCUGUUGCUGCAGUUUUCCUGGACGGUAGCAACCAAACUCAACUAUCCACGCGUUUUACUGCCCGUGUUCGAUCACAUAUCGGUGAACUUUACCCUGGAGGUAGUCGAAAAAGGGUGCUUUAAAUGGACCUCAUCUCGAUUGGAUCUAAUUCAAAUCGCUCCUGCCUACGAUGAUUCGGUUGAUGAUUGUUCCUAUCGUGUGGUGGUUACGGUUAUCAACAAAGAAAAACGACGUAAUACUGCCAUUGUCCUGGCGGAGGAUCUUGCUACGGGAGAAGUGCUUCGCUGUGAUGUGAUUUUGGACGUAAUCUACGAGUUGGGAGUGCUAACGACGACACGGGAACUGUACCUGGAGGAAGCACCGGAAACGUUCGAGCUAUGGGCGCGAGAUGCUCAGGGUAAUGCCUUCACAACGUUGGAAGGAAUUGAAUUCAACUGGCAGCUGGCGUCGCAUCGAGCGGUGGAUCCACGACAUGGCGAACCGGAUAGCGGCUGGAGUCAAGUGCUUCGGUUUUUGUCGUUUGCCGAAAGCAAAUUUCACGUUGUACCGAAGGCAGUUGAAAAACUGGAACUGGCAGGCGUUCAGGGUUAUAUGGUGCUGCUGGAAGGUAUCAACACCGGGUCGGCUCGUGUAACGGCUAAGCUGCCGCAUGCAGAGUACAGUCAUGUAGCCCCCGUGGAAGUUAAUAUCAUGGUUUUAGCAAAUUUGAUUUUGGAUCCUAGCGAUGUGUACAUAUUGACUGGUGAUACGGUCAAUUUUAAGGUGCUGCAAUUGAAACAGGGAAAAUUGUACGAGAUUGCUUUGAACAAUCAGUACUAUUUGGAAAUGGAAGAUCGGAGUUUGGCUAGUAUUAGCGGCAACGAAGCGAAAGGUCUCAAACUGGGACGAACGUUUGUGUUGCUACGCGAUCGUAACGUUCCCCACGAUUUGGCCGGCGACGAUCAGUCAGCCAACAAGGCUUUGCUACCGAAGGCCUCAAUUACGAUUGCCGAUCCGCACCGGUUGGCUAUCAAUUUGCUGCCGCAUUACAACUGGAUAACGGUCGAAGGGGAAAGUCAUGACAUCGCACUGGAUUUAUUCACGGCGGAUGAUCAUCAGAUUACACUAGGGCCCCGCUACCAGAUCAAAUCCGAUUUUGAUGAGACGCUAUUCUUUCCGAUUAGCCGAACUGCCAACGGAAGCCGUAUUGCCGGAGAAACGCUGAAGCCCGGAAGCAGUCCCGUUAGUGGUCGGUUUGAUAAGCUAAACGCCAAAGCAGAGUUGAUUGUAUAUGGACGGCUUGCCAUCAAUCCACCGGAAGUGAUCAUCCCGUACGAUCCAGCCCUACGCCGACAGAAAAUCCAAUUCACAGCUACCGGAGGGGACGGUGUUUAUCUGUGGACUAGUCUGGACAGCUCGCUGAUAUCGGUUUCGCAGACCGGUCUAGCCGAAACUCGGCUGGACAGUGUUAAAGGUGGAAUUGUGUCCGGAACGGAAGUCGCCUCUAAGGUUACUCAGGUCCGGGUUGCGCUGGCUCGAAACAACAAACUGUCCGUGGCUGCUCAAGUUGUCUUUUUGCCUCCCACAAAGCUGAGCGUAGUGCGGUAUAACUUCGAAACGGUGGUGAGAGAUUAUGUUCAGGUUCAUGUGGCACUGUGGGCCGACCAUGAUGGAGUCCAGAAACCAUUUACAAGCUGUGACAAUUUGAACUUUGAGCUGGAGUUCAGUAGCCAGAUUUUUGUUUUGGAUGCGACCAAGAAAAAUCCGAAGGAUUCGCUUGCGGAUCAGGCUUGUCGGUUGCUGUAUCUUAAGGCCACCGCCGUGGGACAAACUAAUCUGAAAGUAACCUAUCGGUACUUUGAUAAGGUGCUGAGUGACCAGAUCAGUUUGAAUGUGUUCGAAGACUUGGCGAUCCUGAAUCCGGUAGAGAAUGAAGUGGUUCUGCCGAUUGGAGCUUCGAGAAAUUUAUUCUAUCACAGCGGACCGGAAAAAAUCUACAAUUCCGAAGCGGAACUACAAAAGCGGGUGGUGGUGGAUCAGAAAGGUGUUGAAGUUGUUUCGGUGGGAAGUGGAUUUUCGCAGGAUAAGCACAUUCUGCGGGUGCUGUGCAAGAAAAUCGGUGAUUACGAGCUGAGGUUGGAGGUUUUCAAUACACUGAAUGCGCCCAAUGUAAUUCCGUAUAUAACGGAUUUCGUCACAAAAGUCUAUUGUGUGAAGCCACGCUUUGUGAAUUUGUUCACAACCGAUAAGGUUAAAACCAGCUGUCCGCUGGAGCGACGCAACUCCAUGAUGCACGUUAAAUCGGACAACAAUCAACUGCUGGUUGACAUUGAAGUUCUAGACGUGAACAAUCGGAAACUUGCUAACAUUUCCUCACUUCUCCUGGAGUGGCAGUUUACUUUGGCUGACCACGAACAAGUCACCGAUCAGAUUUCCUACGAGCAGAAAACAGAAACUGAUCUUUUCGAAGGAUUGGAAAUUCCAAAGCGAGACUUUUUGUUAACGACCCUUCCGGAGGUGGGUGCCAAUUUCAAAAUCAAAACCACAGUCACACAAUACCGAGCCGAAGUUCUGAAGUCGUUCGCUAUCAAACCCGAAUCGCCCGCUUUUGGUAUUCAGAAAGCCACUGAUGGCCCUCUCGUCAAACCGGUAAUUGAAAACGAGUUGAAUUUUUUGUCGGUCAAUAAAACCCUCCUUCCGUACGAGCACAUAACGCUGUUCCUUUCGCGCAGCAACGUAGAGCGCAUAAAAAUCGCCCACGGAAGUGGAUUCUAUGACAUCAAGGCAUCGGAUUCGGGUGUGGUGGCGGUAGAGUAUGACGACGCCACCCGUCAGUUGGCUAUCACCCCGAAACGGAUCGGCGAGGUGAAGCUGGAGAUUCUGGAUCAAUGUUUGAGUACGGAGUCAAGUUAUUUGCACAUUUCGGUAGUAACAAUCGGCAGCAUAACGCUGCAAGCACCGGAUCGGGUGGAAAAGACCAAGACAAUUGAAGCUAUUGCACGAAUUUACGACAGCAAUGAUCGGCUGUUGGAGCUACGCCGAGAUAAUUUGGAGAUCUACGAACUAAAUCAUGUCGUUUACAACCCGAACGUGCUCAGCGUGGCACUUGGUAGUCAAAGCGGAUUGGGUGGUGGGGAAGUGAGGUUCAUUGUUACUGGAUCGGAGCUUGGUGAGACUAAAAUUGCAGUCAGUGCGGGCUCCGGGGAAAGACAGAUUGACAGUUCGCCGGUUCCGGUGCAGGUUUUCCCCCCGUUGACGCUGUAUCCGCGUAACGCAACCAUAAUUGUCGGUAGCAGCUUGCAGGUGUACUCCAAGGGAGGUCCAACGCCGGACGGCAAUCUGAUUUACACCGUUCAGCAUCAGGACAUCAUUUCCGUUGAAUCCGGUCUCGUGUCCGGACUGAAAGUGGGUCACUCAAAGGUAGUCGGUCGUUGCGUUGCCGUCAACCCGUCAUCCGGUGCGCAGAUUGUUCUGUCGGAAGAUGUUGUUAACAUACACGUAAUCCCACUGAACGCGAUCGAAAUUAAAACGCCGCUGAACCGAAUUCGCACCGGUGCCGUCAUGCCGGCUCAUGUUUGGGGCGCACCGGGAAUUUCUCCGCUGGUGCUGGGUACGCUGGAAUCGAUAAAAAUCUACUGGAGUACCGACCAUGAAGAUGUACUGGAUGUGAAGGGGGUUUUCCAGGAAGCUGGAGUUGAAUACCGGGAAAAGGACGCCAUUGGAGUUCGUGUGCGGGCGUUGGCACCGGGAAAAGCCAUCCUACACGUCACUCUAGUUACUGCUACAGGAGCAAAACUGACGGCACGAACUGAAGUCACAGUUUUUCGUCUCCUGGAAUUGGAAUCACCGAAGGUGAUACGAUACGAUUCGAUCCUUAUUCCCCCGCGUAGCACAAUUCAGCUUAAAACCAAUCUAGACGAUGCAACUUAUCAGCUGGAAGAGGGAAGCAGCACAGUCGUGAAGGUAUCCAAGGAAGGCUUAGUUCGCAGUGGAGAUUCCGUUGGUCGGGUGCAAAUUGUUGCGUCUUCAGUCGAUCAAUCACUGACCAUUCCGGUGGAAGUCAAAAAUAUCCAUUACAUCCUAACCUCACUAGCAUAUGCGAAUGUAAAACUGAAACAAUCGGACAGCGUCAUUCCUCAAGGAAUCAGCUUAAAACUGAAAAUUUCCUUGCACGAUAAUUUGGGCAACGAGUUCUCCCACGGCUUUGAAGAUGUCAGUGCUCUAAAGCAUAAGCUUUCGAAGAAAGGAAACGUACUGAUUACGACGGGAACAAACUUCACAAUUGCGUUGGAAUUGAUUCGGGAAACCUCGGAUAUGUUGCUGAUUUCCCUGAAGGAUAAAACCGGAGUCAAGUUCGGUGAAGAUUACCUAAAACUGGUGGUCGGUGAAACGACUUCCCUUUUCCCCGAGAGAACUGAUUUUUCCGUUGGGGAUAUUGUCUGUUUUGAAUCCCCGUUGCUUGGAUCAAUCGCUGAUUGGCACAGCUCAGACGAAAGCGCGGUGAGAAUUGAUUCCUCCAGUGGAGUAGCUCGUGUCAUUUCUACUCGUCGAGGAACAGGCGGAGACGAUAAGGUUCACAUUAGUCACGUUGAUCGACAAUCUGGUGGAUUACGAAUUGCAAUCAACGUACUUGAGGCAGAUCGAGUCGAAUUCUUCAAAUCGUACGACAUUUUCAAUGGACAACGAUAUCGAGCACAUUUGGUGAUUAAAAAUCACCAACAAGUGGACAAGUUCGUAAAUGUAAUUGCACAGAACGUGUCAGUUUGUGGUGAGCGGGUGGAACGUACUUUUUCGGGUUUGUUCAGCUGUAAGCUGACUGCGAAGCAGAACCCUUCUUCGGGUAUUUUAAAACAUUUCAAGACCGUGCCAAGCUUUGAUUCAACCAUUGGUGCCUACACUUGCGAUAUUGAACUCACAACCAGCAUCGAAGAAGUUACAAAUUUAAUCAAAUCUAACGAGUUGAACAUCGAACUGGAAGCUCGUCUACAGGCCAGCGGCCUGGCGGACUCGACUACGUUGAAAAUAGUUCCGGCUGUUAUUGUCGAACCGGAAGCCAUUUCGAUCGAGCAGGUUGGUUCGCAAACCGUAACCGUCAGUGGCAUCGAUAAGGUUCUUCAGAAGAUAGAGGUUGCCUCGUCAAAUCCAUCAAUGCUCGAGGUCAGCAUGGUUCAGAAGGGGCCCGGUUCGAUUCAGUACAAGCUUCGCUUGUUAAGCUCCUAUUCUUUGGAGUCCGGCGGUGAUCUGUUCGUCAGUGUCAACUCACCACUUACGAUGCAGAAACUUAAGAUUCCUAUCCAAUCUCCGCUGGUGAUGCGGAAAUGCGCUAGUCAGCCGUUGUACAACGUGCCCAACUUGUUCCUAAGCUACGUCAGUAAUUUUGGGCUGCUCAUAUCCGCGUUGAUUGUGCUAGCUGCCACGGUGUGGGUGUUCGUGUUUUGCUUCCCUCAGCGACAGAAGGUGGCCGACCCAAAUGCAACACUUCUGUUUUCACCGUUCAAAAAUGACAACAAUCCGUCAGCUUACAACAAUUUGGGCGGUCAGAGCCCGUUCAUCCAGAGUCCAUUGAGCAAACGUGGUGCAAACGUGCAGUCCCCCUAUGUUGGACCAGCUAAUCUAAGCCAUAAUACAACACCGCUAUCGGGGGCGGAUUUCCCCAGCAGCGCCAGUGGCAGCCCAUCGGGAUCACCGAUCUACGGUGAUAGCACCCUGAUGUCACCCCAGAAACGGAUCCACCGACGGCAGCUAUGAGCUGUAAUGAGAUUUCAUCCGUUUCAAUCAACUAGUCUGUAAAGUUUGGAUGAUUGCCCGCGUUGGUAUGUGUGAAUGAUUGCGACUCUCACGGUGAUGUUUUUGCAACAUCUUAACGAUAUUACCAUUUCUUAUCAUCAUUAUUAUUAUUACUGUGAACGAGAGUUUCGAGCGUUCGUGAAUUGCAAUUUCUUACCUAUAAGAACUCAGAUUGACGACUGUUAGAUAUACUUCCAUCCUGACACAGGCACACAGGCAAUUCGUUUUCUUCUAUUAUUAUUUCUAAGAAGUCGCUUGGUUAGAGAAGAUGAAAGGCAAUCAAACACCAGCCCGAAAGCAUUUACAGAAAACGGCAGCGUGGCAUUAGUUUUUGUUUGGCUUCCGCCGACGACGACAGCGACGACUGGAGUGCGGGCAAAAAGAUAUCAAAAUGAAUCGAAUUGCAGAUCCUUUGCGUGCUCAGUACAGCAUGAAACAAACAAGGGACGCCUCAUUUCCCAUUCAAAUUAUUUUCAUUUCAUUUCGCUUUGCUCUUUGUUUGCGCGAUUUAUCGCAAAGAACAAGAGGAAAAUAAUGCGGCCUGGCCGCAGCGGAACGUUAGCAAGGCUCCGCCCGCCGUCAACUUCGCCGCCGCACAUCCUUUUUCUUUUCACAGCAGCGUAUGUAAAUUAUACUCUUUACUUAAUUCAUAUUUUCUUUCUGGAGAAGGCGACAUCCGCUUUUAUGACAAUCUGCCGGAAAGGUUUCACGAAGAAGCUUUUGCGUUUCCUUUACUUUCGGACGAAGGCACUCGUAAGUAUGCCCGCUAUAAUACCGUUAUAAUAGAUGCAAGCGAGCGAUUUAUGACUUGAGCUCCCAGAGUUUUGCCAAUGCAAUGUUUUUCCCCGAGUUGAAUACUUUUCGGAUUUAGGUAAAGUGUUGAAUGUUUCAUGAGUUUUAAUUCGCUUUGCUUAGGUUGUUUAUAAGAAAAUAAGUUUCAAUGCUAGUGAAGGGGGUUGAGCUCAGUUGAAAUUUGUCGGCAAAUUAACCGGAUUUUCCGUUCGAACGAUUAUAUUAGAUAGAAAGACUUAACUCACUUUUCUACUUCAACAUGUGUGUUCUUAUAUUAAUCCUAAGUUAGAUAGAAAUAAAAACCUGGUAAGAAGUUGUUUGUUAAAUA